AUUCUAAUUUUGUUGUAGCCCCGCGGUAGAUGAUUCGACUAGCUAGCCUUUAGCUAGCGAUGACAACAUCACUGCAUAUUAGCCGGCACUAAUAUGAUGGGACAAGAAACAACGGGAUAAUAAGGACACUCUUGGAGCUGCUUAGAGUGUCCACUCACUGGUUUCUGUAUGCUUGGCACAUAAACCAAACAGGAUCCAGGAGUAGCUCGCUAAUAACAACCGUUAGCAUGCACGGGAAGGAGUCGCCUGGGCUGGAUGCAAGACUGGAACUGUCACCUCAAUGAACUGAUAACACACCAUCUCGAGAGGACUGAGGCAACAGUAGGACCAUGUACUCGAGCCCUAAUAACACCAUGAAGUCCAGCUGCUGCAGCAGCAGCAGCAGCAUCACUGAGUUGCUCGGUGCCCUGUGUGACUGCAGCCUGUCUGGUGUAUCAUGGAAGCGCAGAGCCCUGGGUGGAGUCUCAAGAGAAGGUUUCCGCAGAGCUCUCAAGAAGCGUGCCUACGGUGCCCUACUGUCCAAACUAUUUCAAGAUGGCACCAAGGGGUCAGCCUCAGGACCGAGUACCUCAGCUAGUACGCCGCCCAGAAACAAGGUCCUGAUGAUUUGUUUUGACUUGCGGGUGGCAGGGUGCAGAGAGGAAGCAGAGAGGUUGGAGGAGCAGCUGGAGAGGCUGCCGGAGGGAGCAUCAUCUUGCCUCAAGGAAGUAGACGCAGUCCUUGAGCUGCUUGUGCACCUAGCUGGUUCAGCACCUCCACCCCCUACCUCUUUCAGCAGGGACUACAUGAGACGAGAGCGGCCUGUGCUGCGGAGGCCACGACCUUGGGGCUACCAGAGUGAGGAGCUGCAAAGACUAGAGGCCCGGGCGUGGGGGCUAGUGUGUGGGGAGGAAUGGGGGACUUUGGAGAGUUUGUGUGGAACUCAGAGGUUGAUGGAUGCCCCUCCUGGUACAGGGCUGCUAGCUCUGAGAACAAAAAUGGAGGCUGAAGAAAGGUUUGAGAAGGACACCAGGAUGACACUGUUUGGAGCACUGCAGCACACUCGCACUUCAGACAUGGACAUAAGACUGGACCUGCCUCCUAUUCCUAGUAAUAUUGAUGUAACUGGGCUGGCUAUCAGGGUGCCCCCCUGUUUAGAUCAGUCUGAAGAUGAGGGCUUCCAGUCGGCCUCCAACCUGACCCCAGACUCUCAGUCAGAGCCCAGCUCCAUUCCAGAUGUUGAUAUAUGGGAGGCUGUCCGCACUUUUGAGCCCGGAAGACGCCGAUGUUGGGAGUCUGUUGGCUGCCCACCAGUGAAAAGGGAGUCUCUCUACCUAACAGAGAGAGGCAGGGAGGCCUUCGACCAGCUCUAUCGUCUAUGGGAGGGGGAGAUGAGGGUGGUGAGCACUAGUACACCUUCUCCUAUCCUCCCUCUGCCCCUGGACUCUCAGACACAACUGGUAUCUGACCUCCUCAACGCCCUGAUCGGAGUGGCGUCCACAACCUUCCCUCUUAACCAGAGUGUUCAGUUUGACGUCAGGCCUGGUGUGUGCGUGUCAGGAGCCUCUCCAGAGAGCGUGUCUCGUCUCCUGGGGGAGCUGGCCCAGUACGGCACCUACUACUUGAGGCUGAGUCGCUUUUCUCUGCAGAGUGCUGACAAGAAGGGCCUAGUCUUCCAGGCUUUUACAGGUGGUCUGAGGAAGUAUCUGCAUUACUACAGAGCUUGUGUUCUCAGCACUCCACCCACCCUUAGCCUGUUGACUAUCGGCUUCCUCUUUCGCAAAGUAGGCCGCCAACUCAGGUACCUGUCAGAACUGUGCUGUGUAGACGGGCCUUUGGGUGCAGGCCAGGCUACCUUCCCUGUGGGUGUUAAACUGCUGUCCUACCUGUACAAUGAAGCACAGAAUAACUGCAGCAACGAGAACUACCCGGUCCUGCUGUCGCUGCUGAAGAGCAGCUGCGAACCUUAUACACGGUUUGUGUCUGACUGGGUGUACAGUGGCGUGUUUCGCGAUGUUUAUGGAGAAUUCAUGAUCCAGGUCAAUGAGGACUACCUUAGUUUCAGAGACAAACACUUCUGGGUUCAAGGCUACACUCUGAUCUCAAAGGAUGUGGAGGAUUGUGUUCCCAUCUUCCUGAGACACAUCGCCAAUGAUGUGUAUGUCUGUGGAAAGACCAUCAACCUCCUCAAGAUCUGCUGCCCACAGCACUAUAUCUGCUGGUCGGAGCUGCCGGUGCCUCGCAUAGCUGUCACCUUCUCCCUCCAGGAGGUGGAGGAGAUCGAGAGGGACUGUGCGGUAUACCGCGGACGCAUGGAGAGGAUUGCUAAGCACAGCGCCAUCAGCAGGGAGGAGCAGGCCCUGCGUACAGAGCAGGCACGCCAGGAGCUGAUCAAUCAGGUCAGAGAGUCAGCAGCCAAAACCCUGGAGAGCAUCCGCGGGCGCCAGGUGUCACAGCGUCUGGCUGAAGAGGCCAAGAAGAGAGAGCGAUUUGAGGAGCUGAAACAGCACCUGGAGCAGGAGCAAGAGUGGCGAAGUGCAGCCAAGAAAAGGCAGGAGGAGGAUGACUUCAGCUUUGCCAGAGAGCUGAGGGAUAGAGAGAAAAGACUACAAGCCCUGGAGGAGCAGCUGGAGCAGAGAGCCAGGAAGGAGCUGAUUGCCCAAUAUAGCCGUCUGUCAGAGGAAGCAGCCCGCAGAGAGAGACGGGCCAUGUGGAGGGUGCAGCGAAUGAGACUUGAUGAAGCCCGUGCUCAGUUCUUCAUCCAUGACAGGCAGAACAUUCAGGCAAUGCUCGAGAAAUAUCCCUUAGGCCAGGGGAGACCUCCUGUGGAAGUGUUGCGACCUGUUCCCUCAACACAACAGACUGUAGCGCAACAAACACUGGAAUCUCCCAUUCUGGAGCCGUCUGAGCAGCAGCCAACUGACACCCAAGAAUCUGAUGUCGUAUCAUCACCGCCACUUGACCCAACUUCAUCCACCCUCACCCCCCUUACAGCAGACCCUGCCCUCAUCUCUGAAGACAUUGAUAUCAAUGAUUUUUUCCCCAAGUCACCAAAUCCUGACAGUCAGCAAGUGGAUGUGGCCCUACAGGAGAUUGGGUCUGACUUACCUGAGGUGUGCCCUACAGCAAAACUAGUUGACUAUGACUUCAGUGCCCCCUUUAGUCCGCUUGAAGGUAUCACUGCACAAGCCUCAGUUCAGCCCCGGCCUCGCUGGGGACCCGCAGUCGAGCCUGACUUGAUCCAAAACCAUCCCUCUUUCUCUCACAUCCCCAUAGGAGAGAACAUGUCUCAAGUCCAAGAGAAUGUCCCCAAAGCUAACCCCUUUGGUCAAGCCUCCAAAUCCAGCUUUCCUCUUGGCCAGUAUACCCCAGAGGAGCUCCAAAAUGCAGCUAAAGCCAGUGUUUAUGGACAUACCUCUCAAGCCUCAGCACAGCCAGUAGAUGGGAGUGAGCAAACCACAGACAACAAGCAAGUAGUAGCACCUAUGGCAGAACAGGAGACUGAAAUGGGGAUUUCAGAAAGUAAAGCAGAGGUAAAAGAAGAUGAGCGUGCAUCUACAAAAGAGGAUGAUGUAGUUCCUACUGCCCCCUCCACCACACCAGGACAAGGCUUUCCAAAUGGUGACCACAAAGUAGUGGCAAGUGUUUCUGACUGUGGUGGGGUUAAAUUGCUUGAGGCAAACACUCCGCACCAUAGCUCAGAUGCUCAAGAUAACGCAUAUGAAAAUAUUUCUUUGCCAGACAUUCAUGCUCAUGUCUCCAGUAUACACCUAAAGGUUGGAGAGCUGGUUUCAGAUGUUGCUGACCCUCAGCCAUCACCCAGCAUCCAUGGUCACUCCUCUGACGCUCACAUUAAAGUUGGGAAAAAUGUUUCAGAAUUUGUCGCUCCUCUUCCUCCUCCGAACGUUCACAGUCAUGCCUCAAAUGCCCACAUCAAAGUUGGGGAGCUCGUUCCAAAUGAAAUUGCCCCUCUGCCAUCCCCUAAUGUUCAUGGUCACAGUUCAGAUGCUCGUAUCAAGGUUGGCGAAAAUGUUUCAGAAGUUGUUGUACCACUCCCUACUCCUAGCAUCCAUGGUCACUCCUCUGAUGCUAAUAUAAAAGUGGGCGAGUUUGUGUCCAACAUAUCUGAAGCAAGACCUCGUUGGAGUAAGCACGGGCACACCUCGGAUUGCCAGCUUCAAGCAGGCUGUGUGGUAUUAGGAGCUGAACCAACCUUGUCCCCUUUACCUGGAAGUUCCCAUGGUCACUCCUCAGACUCAACGUUGCAUGUUGGAUGUGUAGUUUCAGGAGAUGAACCCAAACGUUCUCCUCUACCUGGCAGUGACCAUGGUCACUCCUCAGACUCAAUGUUACGUGUUGGGUGUGUAGUUUCAGGAGAUGAACCCAAACGUUCUCCUCUACCUGGCAGUGACCAUGGUCACUCCUCAGACUCAAUGUUACGUGUUGGAUGUGUAGUUUCAGGAGUUGAACCCAAACGUUCUCCUCUACCUGGCAGUGACCAUGGUCACUCCUCAGACUCAAUGUUACGUGUUGGAUGUGUAGUUUCAGGAGAUGAACCCAAACGUUCUCCUCUACCUGGCAGUGCCCAUGGUCAUUCUUCAGACUCAAGUUUAGGCAUCGGAUGUGUUGUGUCCCAAACUGGACCACUUCCAUCGCCACUACCAGGCAGCGCCUACGGCCACUCCUCUGAUUCGACUCUGGGUGUAGGUUGUGUGGUGUUGGGGACACAGCCGCAACCCUUUGUACUCCCAGGCAGUGUGUAUGGCCACUCUUCAGAUUCUUCACUUGGAGUUGGAUGUGUGGUGAAGAGCAAAGAGAAAACGGAGGAAAAUGAAGAUAAUAAAGGUUCCAAGUCAGAGAGCCCUGGUGAGCAGCUGGUUGAGGGCUUGGGGUCCUGGGCAGCUAGCUACGGUUUGUCCCCUGGAGAAAAGUCUGAGCAGGAAUACCUCUUGGCUUUGUCUACUCAGUACCAGGUGGAACACUAUGAAGACUACUACAGCUUAAUGGCUUCGUCCCCCGAGUGUCAGCUGCUGAAGCAAGUAACUCGGGGCCCCUGGGGUCUUCCUAUGGACCCCACUCUUCGCAGAGCUACAGACACCACUGCAGUCCAACUCAGCGAGAUGGUUUCCCUGCCAGUUCUGAUAAAACACUCUGUCACUACCCCGCUCAUCACACAUGUAUCUUUGGUGAACAAGGCAGUGGUGGACUAUUUCUUUGUGGAGCUGGGAGUGGAAAGACACUUUGAGGCACUGCGCCACUUCCUGCUGAUGGAGGAUGGCGAGUUCGCACAGUCCCUCAGUGAUCUGCUCUUUGAAAAGAUGGGCAGUGGGCAGACUCCCGGUGAGCUGCUGACACCGUUGGUCCUAAACUCCAUCCUCAGUAAGGCCCUGCAGUACAGCUUACAUGGGGACACACCCUUGGCUGGCAACUUCACCUUCGCCCUUCGCUUUCUCCCUGAGACUUUUCACCCACAUGCCCCGGACUCUCUCAACUGUCUGGAGCUGCGCUACAAGGUGGAAUGGCCGUUGAACAUCAUCAUCACGGACAGCUGCAUGAACAAGUACAACCGUCUGUUCUCGUUCCUGCUGCAGCUCAAACACAUGGUGUGGAGCCUCCGCGAUGUUUGGUUCCACCUCAAGAGAACAGCGCUGGUGAAGGGCGCAGGUCGAUCGGUGCAGUUUCGUCAGCUGCAGCUAUACAGACACGAGAUGCAGCAUUUUGUCAAGGUGAUACAGGGCUACAUCGCAAACCAGAUCCUGCAAGUGUCCUGGAGCGAGUUCACAGCCAAACUGGCCACUGCCAGCGACCUGGACGCCAUCCACCGCACACAUGCAGACUACCUCAACAGAGCCAUCUUCAGAGGUUUGCUGACGGAGAAAGCGGCUCCGGUCAUGAACAUCAUCCACAGCAUUUUCAGCCUGAUCCUCAAGUUUCGGGCCCAGCUGAUCGCACAGCCCUGGGACAGCCAGCAGGGGGAGGCAGUGCACCCCAGCUUCAUUGCCAUGCAGCAAUCAUACAACACCUUUAAGUAUUAUUCUCACUUCCUCUUCAAAGUGGUGACCAAGCUGGUAAACCGGGGCUACCAGCCUCAUCUCGAGGAUUUCCUCCUCCGCAUUAACUUCAACAACUACUACAAAGACUCCUGAGCUGAUUGUUGCUGUAUGUGUAAGUUGUACACAAGCUUAAUGUCACAAUUUCACAUAAGACGUGCUCUUUGUUAAAUAUGCACCAUUGUGUACUAUGAGUGUUCACAUUUUAAGAAUCCCUUGUAAGACAAAAUACAGAUAAUCAAACAUACGUAAUAAAUUAAGUUCAUUUCCAUGUGCAAAAUACAUUUAAAAACCCAACUGCACUGUAUAUUAGGGCAUGAAUUUGGCAAUCAAUCCACAUCAAUGUGCAGGAUUUGAACUACAUGCCUGUGUGCUUGAACAAAUUAGAUUGCUUCUGAAGUUUGUAUGCUGCCAAAGGUUGUAAUUGAGAUGAAGUUAAUGCCUACUGAAAUGCCUCUCGUGCUCAGGUGCGUCUCCAGCUGUGUAGAUUUUAAGUGCAUAUAAAUGAAAUGUCAAUGAUAUGUAAAUACUAAAGGAAAAUGCUUUGUUUAAUAAAUGCUCUAUUCUUUGGUCUUGA